AUGGAGGAGCACGUCGCGGCGGGCCGUCUAGAUGAAGCGCUCCGAAACCCCAAUGACCCAUGGGACACUGACGCCUACAUGCGAUACUUGGAGGAGGCUGACGCAGCUGAUGCACGGCGGCGGGCGGCCAGCGGCGGCAGCGGCAGCGGCAACGGCGGGAAGAGACCGUCUUCGGAGGGCCCGGAAAGUUAUAACGAUCGACAGAACCAAGAAGAGCAGCAGCAGCAGCAGCAGCUACAGCCACCGCGGCGGCCGCCGGUUUCAUUUUGGGAGUGGGUACGGGACCGGCCUGAGCUUUGGGUGGAGGAUCCAGUGGCUCGCGCUGUAACCUCUGGCUUGAGGCAUUGGGUGACGCCGGGUGACGGCGGCAGUAGCAGCGGGACCACUGCUACUGCUGCCGCCGCCGUCGUCACGCCCGCGGCCGCGGCGGCGGAAGCCGCGCGACGGAAGCGGGUGCCGCAUUGCUACGGCCCCUUGGAGCUCACGACGCUGGUACGGGCAGCUGCGAGGUUGCAGCUGCAGGCUGCGGUUCCGGAGCAUGCCGCCUGGCUGGUGUACGAGCUGCUGUAUAGCAGCUACCGGCAAAUGCCCGAGUUUGAUGGACGCCAGCUGGCGCAGCUCUCAUACAGCCUGGCGCAAUUGGGUCCUUGCGUGCCGCCUGAGAGGUGGCGGCGGCGGUUUCUGGCAGCUACGCGGCGGCAGAUGGCGGAGAUGGAUUCGCAGGUACGUGCGUGGGUAUGA